CGCUCCUCGGGGCAGGGUUCCAGCUUCAGUGCGGAAUGGUGUUGCAACGAAGAAUGCAAGGUCAACAUGCCUCAAGCUAGUCUUUUUUCGUAUUUCUCGAAAUCGGUGACUUCAGCGCUCUCUAUCCCGCCAACUACUAGAGAAGACGACAAUAUCACCCCCGAUCACGACGCGUGUGUGCGUGUCCCCAACAGCCCUGGACUAGGUAUCAUCGAAGCGGCACGAAAACAAGCCUCUCAGAGACCGACCAAUCCAAUUGUCUACACUUUGAAAGCCGAGGAAGACGAAGUCGAAAGCCGGAGGUCUGAGGAUGUCUCCCAAGAGUCAAAGCAGGUGAUCGUGGAAGCCAAGGAUCCCUCAAGUGACCGCCUACAGCAAUUUGACGCUGUUUCUAUUCCCCAUCUCCCAAAAGCUCUUGUUGCACCAGUUACAGCACCACACCUUCCUGCUAUUCAGCGUCUUACAGCGACAACCCUUCCUAUUCGGUACAGCGAUGCCUUCUUUACUACGACAUUGACAGAUCCGAUUGUCAACAAACUGUCUCGCGUCGUCCUAUAUGCGUCACAACCUGUUGGCUGGAUCCGCUGCCGCUUGGAGCCAUGCUCGCCGAAUAGUUCUCUCAUCACUCCCUCGCCACCUUCUAAGAUCUAUAUCCAAGCUCUAGCUCUCCUCUCGCCAUAUCGUGGCCUCGGCCUCGCAACAUUACUGCUGGACACUAUCUUAUGCUCGGCUAGUGCCCAAGCUGCUGACACAGUGUGCAUAUAUGCACAUGUCUGGGAGAAGAACGAGGACGCCCUGGAGUGGUACGCCAAACGUGGCUUCAAGCGCGUCAUGCUUGUUGAUCACUAUUACAGAAAGCUGCGACCCAGCGGUGCUUGGAUUGUUAGGAAAGAGUUGGAGGGUACCUGACUUCUGCACUUGAUGGAAAAGGUCCUUUCACUCUCAUGCACCGGGUUCUUUACUGUUCGAUCCAGGCGACUGCGACCAAGUUGUGUCCGCUCACACUGCCAGCAAAUAAUGGCGCUAUGCUCGCUUCGUCCGCUGCCCGCGCCCGGAGGUAUUCCUGAAUGCGGGAGCACCACAUCUGCUAAGCGUGGGCGGAAAGAUCUCAUUAUAUCCCGGCCUCAAGGGGCAUAUAUGGUUAAGAUUCGGCAAAUAAAGUCAUCGACUACGAUUUCUGAUAAUUCUGACUUGAAAGACAGCACAAGAGGCAUCGUCGGCUUGUGGAGGUGGUGUGGUGCCCAACAAUAUUGCGGCAUGUGCCACAAUCAACCCACAAAUAACCACGUGAAGCAUGCAACGGUCCAGCAGCUUGUCAAGGGGUCAAGUUGGGAACGAACUCUUCGAAGAUGAAACGGCAUGCGAUGCAGUAAGAAGAUCGAACAUCUUGCUUCCAUGCGGCACCUGGUGAAUCAACUCUUGAGAUAGUUGUCUUCAACUUCUGGUGACGACCUCCGAAGCGCUCUGAAGCAUCGUGAAGGAAGUCGGUUCGAUACUUGCUGUACAAGCAAGGACACCGGGGGACAUUUGGACGGAACCCUAGGGUUCAUUGCAAUCAUUUUUAUUCCAUUCGCAUGUGGUACCCGUACCCUGUUUUAACUAUAUACACUGGGUUGAAGCCUCGAGCGGAAUACAAGCUUCCCGGAACGGAGACAUAGCUUUACAGUACAGAUGAGACGUAGUUCUCCUCCAUCUUCCGUACUUCCCGCUUGAAGAUCUCU